GCGCCCUCUGCACUUGACGUUUCGCCCAACACAAAAAAAUAUCAAUUAAACAACACAAUUUUUGUGCUAUUUAUCAUCGUUUCCUGUCAACUUUGCGCCUUUUAUGGUAUUCCGUCCGUUAACUAAAGUGAUUGUGCAUCAAAAAAACGCGAAAAUCGACGUAUACAAUGACUUGAACAAGCUUUUAGAGGCAAUUUAAAGUGGCAUAACCUACAAUUUAAAAUGUCAUCUCAAUUUAGGGGUAACAGAUUUUCCAUUGAUGAUGCUUUCGAGGAGGAGACUGAUGAGGCGAUUAAAGUUUAUGGGUCAACAUGUCCCAGAUCACCUACAUCUCCUUGUAGUAACGGGCAGGAACACACAAAAGUAAACAUUGAAAAUGGAAGGGGAUACAAAGUGGUGAAUGACACAUCCCGAGACAGCGACUCCCUUAUCCAAGACUACUACGAGUGCAACAGCGAUGAAAACCUGCACAGAUCCUGUUUUAACCACCCCAAAGUACGGGAGAAUUGGAGGAUGGUCCUCGCCGCCACAACUCUACUGAUAAUCGGCAUAGGCUUGCUGGCCACAGGCGCCAUAAGCCUGGCACAGCCUAGCAGCGGUCUGCAGGGCUCCGUGUUCCUAUUGGCCGGCUUCAUUUGUUUCGUGCCGGGCGCCUACCACGUCGUCUACAUAUAUUUCGCCGCCAAAGGCAGAAGGGGAUAUCACUUUCACAAUCUACCGUUGUUUACGUAGAGGUUUUUCACUGUGUACCGUAAAAAUAAGGCUUUAAAUUUUCGUACUUACGUCAAAAAAUAAACAGUCAGGUUAUCUAGCAGGCCAGAAAGGGGGCGUUACUAUUCAACCAAUGAGGUGGCUAGUUUUUAAAUGGUUACCAAUGGGAUUAUAAGGUUUAAGGCGGCUUAUUUGAAAGAGCCAAAAGAGUUUUAGCGCCCUUUUAAAUAUAAGAUUGAGUCAUUAUUUUAACUAUUGACUAUGGCUGUGUGCACAAGGGGUAGUUAGGAUUAACUAUGCUUUUGUUCAUACAGUGAUAUGAAUGCCAAAUAUUUAAUUAUUUGCACCAUCACCUACUGAUUUAAUGCAUUUUUAAUUAUAAGUAAUAAUUAAAGUUAAGUAUAACUAUGGAAAAUAAUAAAUAUU